AUGGACUACAUUGAUACGUUGCUGAUUAUGGAAGAUGAUCUGGACGAGAAUCAGGAAGAUGGUGAUCUUGGUGAGUUUGGUGAAUCAUCAAUGAUACGGGAUGACAACAAUGACCCACCCGAGCAAGACUCAUCCAGGGAACCCACAGGGGAUUCCACAAAUAAUAGUACUGUUAGUACACCAGUUUGGUGUGUUUGUGGUAGACGUAGACCAAUGCCACAGGAAGUCGAAAACAAGUGUUGCAAAUUAAAAAAAUGCAUAACACUUACUUUGCGUUUUACCAAGUUGUGUCUUGAUCCUGAUGUUCUGGAGUUAUGUAUCAAAAAUAGAGCAGACAUAAGAAAUGAACACGAGGAGAAUAGCACGAGAGCUUUCCGAAAAGCUGCCUACAG